AUGGGCGCAUGUAUGUCUUCAGGCGGCCUUGAGGUCAGCGAGGAGGAGAAGCGUCUUCACAGAGAGGCCGAGAAGAACCUCAAGGAGGCAAAGCUCAAGAUGCAAAAGCAGGUCAAGGUCCUCCUCCUUGGAUCCGGAGACUCCGGAAAGUCCACUAUUCUCAAGCAGAUGCGCCUCAUCCACCGCGUCCCCUUCUCCUCACAAGAAAUCGAGUCCUACCGCCAGCUAGUCUUCAACAACCUUACUCAUGGCCUCAGCAACGUUAUCGACGCCAUGGAGGACAUGGACCUCGACGUCUCAGAAGAGAACAAGGACCUCGUCCAGAUGAUACAGGACGCCUCCGAUAUCAAGGACGGCGAGCCCUUCCCCCUCGAGUUCCGCGAUGCUCUCCGGCGGCUCUGGGAGGACCCCAACAUCCAGACGGCAUACUCGCGCGGCAACGAGGCGGCCUUGCCCGAGAACCUGAACUACUACUUCGCGGACCUCGACCGGUUAUUCGAGCGUGCCUACGUGCCAAAUGAAUCAGACAUCGUUCACGCCCGCGCACGGACAAUUGGCAUCACGGAGACCGUCUUCACUCUGCGCGACCACGAGAUGCUCAUGGUCGACGUCGGCGGGCAGAAGAGCGAGCGCCGGAAGUGGAUACACUGUUUCCAGGAUGUCACAAGUAUCCUGUUCCUGGUCAGCUUGAGUGGGUUUGAUCAAUGCCUGGUGGAAGACAAGGACGCAAACCAGAUGCAAGACGCGAUGACGAUUUGGGACUCAAUAUGUCACUCGCAAUGGUUUAAGCAGACGUCCAUCAUUCUCUUCCUCAACAAGAACGAUCUCUUCGAGCGGAAAGUACAACAUUCCGACAUCAAGAACUUCUUCCCAGAUUAUGACGGCGAGGCGGGAGACCCCAAGGCCGGUCGUGAGUACUUUAGGAAACGAUUUGCGAGGCUGGCCCAGAAGGCGAACGCGAAGGAGAGGGAGAUUUACAUCCACGUAACGACCGCCACGGAUACGGCCAUGCUACGGGUGGUCAUGGCCGCUGUUGAAGGUGCGUCCGUCUCUGCCCUCCCACGCUUGUAG